GAUGGCAAGAUAGAUAAUCUUCAAAAAGGUCGUAAGCAAAUCGUACGUGUACUCAAAACCAAGUUGCCCCGCGCCUGCAGUUAUUGAGGCAAGCUUUGUGGCGGCGCUGGCAGAGGACGCCAUUGAUGUCCUGAAAAUCAUUUCAAAUUCCCGCCUUUUUUCAGUCAUAACUUGAUUGAUAUAACUGGGCCAAGACUGCAAGUGGGUUUUGUUAAGAAACGGCAUUUUAUGAUGGAUUUAAGAGGGAUAGAGAGAUGCAGAGGUAAAAGAAGCGAAGAUUUAACGAGUUUCCCAUUUAGAACAUGGAAAUCAUCUCUUAGAAAUAAGCGCAGAUCCAUGAAACAAUUUCGUAAGGUAGUAAAUAAAUAUUUGGAACGAUUAAAGGAGGGUGAAAACAGAGAACCCACACGAUACUUGAAUUGCCACAACUUCAACACUCGUUCUUAUAUAAAGGAUAGGGUAAGAAAUGAGUUUUCUCCACUUACUAAGGAAGAGGAGGAUGAAGUUAAUAAUGCUCUAUCGGCCUCGGACAGCAAAAAAGUCCUGGUGAUACAUCAAGAUUCAAAUAUAAAAAUUACGAAAGAAGACAUUCGAUGCCUCUUACUUGAGACAUGGUUAAAUGAUGAAGUAAUAAAUCUAUAUUUGGAACUUUUAAAGGAAAGGGAAAAUAGAGAGCCCACACAAUACUUAAAGUGUCACUUUUUUAAUACAUUUUUUUAUAAAAAGCUUUUUAACCAAAGGGGCGAGUAUGAUUAUCAAGCAGUCAAGAGAUGGACAACCCAUAAAAAGCUUGGCCAUAACCUACUUGAUUGCGACUCCAUUCUUGUUCCUAUUCACAAGCAUUUCCAUUGGACGUUGGCUGUCAUAAAUAUCAAAGAGAAAAAAAUCCAAUAUUAUGAUUCAUUAGAUACAAGAGACAAUCAUGUCUUUAAUGUCUUGACCAAAUAUAUUCAAGAUGAAGUGGAGGAUAAGUGCAGGAAUCAUCUGAAUUUGGGUGGUUGGAAACAUGAACACAUGGAAAAUAUUCCCUUGCAGGAAAAUGGCUCCGACUGUGGAGUGUUUAUGUUGAAGUAUGCUGAUUUCCAUAGUCGUGGAAUGCCACCGGACUUCACACAGGCUAACAUCGAGUACUAUCGUAGGAGAAUGGCUAAUGAGAUUUUGAAAUUACGAGUAGAAUGAAAGACGUGUUUUUGUGGGUUAUAUUUUUUAACAUGGAAUUUGUAAAGCUAAAAGGAAAAUACCAAGUGACAAAUUAUUCUGAAGACGUUAAGGAAAAGCUUUUAGCAGCUUGGGGUUACAGAAAGCAAGAUUUUUGUGAAAGUGUCAAAACCUAUGACAGAAACAUAUAUGGCCAAAGAUAUCCAAGUCAACAGGCGGUUUAAGGAAUCAGGUAGACAAUCAACACGAACAGGUGUGUUGUGUGGAAAGAGAUUAAUUGUGGAACUUAAUUCUGUAACGUCAAUGUUCAUUAUAGGAGUUUCCGAUAGUGCUCUCUUUUUUCUUUGCAGGCAAACAUAUACUAAACUUGAUGUUUGAGCGUCUGAUAUAGCUGAGAUAUUUGAGCAACGAGUAAAAUAACACAUCACAGGAAACAGAGGACCUGUUUGUAAUUCUGAAAAUUUGUUUACGUUUCUCCACUUGGACGUAACUUAGAUAUCCAACUGUUGGAGCAGCUGUUAUACGGACCAAACUGAGCAAACCCCCUGUUGGAGCACAGCUGUUAUACGGACCAAACUGAGCAAACCCCUUAGUUGAGAUCAUUUGAGGUUGUGGUGUUCUCAAGCUGACUCUUUAUGUUCAUAAAUGUUUUCAAGGACAACGCAAUAAAUAGAGAGUCCUAACACUUAUAUCGUACCUAUAUUCUUUCCUUGUCACACUACUUGUUUAGUACCAUAUCUGCACCAUCCAAGUGCAAACAAAUAAAUUAAGAAAAUGGAUUUUGU